CUCUACACAACUUUACACCUGAAUGAACGCCAAACCUCAGUGGAUAUAUAAAGGGAACCUUGAGGAGGAAUUUCACAGUUACAGUGCAGAAGCAGAGGGAAAGGAAUUAACCAGCUCUCCAGCCAAGCAAAUCCUCUACUCACCAUGCUUCCUCCUGCCAUUCAUUUCUAUCUCAUCCCCCUUGCAUGCAUCCUAAUGAAAAGCUGUUUGGCUUUUAAAAAUGAUGCCACAGAAAUCCUUUAUUCACAUGUGGUUAAACCUGUUCCAGCACACUCCAGCAGCAACAACACUAUGAAUCAAGCCAGAAAUGGAGGCAGGCAUUUCAGUAACACUGGACUGGAUCGGAACACUCGUGUUCAAGUGGGUUGCCGGGAACUGCGUUCCACCAAAUACAUCUCUGAUGGCCAGUGCACCAGCAUUAGCCCUCUGAAGGAGCUGGUGUGUGCUGGCGAGUGCUUGCCCCUGCCAGUGCUCCCCAACUGGAUCGGAGGAGGCUAUGGAACAAAGUACUGGAGUAGGAGGAGCUCUCAGGAGUGGAGGUGUGUCAAUGACAAGACACGUACCCAGAGAAUCCAGCUGCAGUGCCAAGAUGGCAGCACGCGCACCUACAAAAUCACAGUGGUCACCGCCUGCAAGUGCAAGAGGUACACUCGGCAGCACAAUGAGUCCAGUCACAACUUCGAGAGCAUGUCGCCUGCAAAGCCAGCCCAGCAUCACAGACAGCGGAAAAGAGCCAGUAAAUCCAGCAAGCACAGCAUGAGUUAGAACUCAGACUCUCAAAACUGGACUGACUAGUAACCAUCCGCUUUACAGAUUUGAUUGCUUGGGAGACUCAAGCCUGCCAUUGCUAUUUUCUUACUUGAAAAUAUAUGCUUUCUGCUUUGUUCAAACCCAGCAAGCUGUCCUAAGUAUCAGGACUUCCUUUUCAAGCUUUUUAAGAUGUACGCAUAUCCGUGAGAGCAAUUUGCAUUUAAAUUCCACGCAUCCCGUAGUUUUAAUUCUCCGUGGUUCUUGAAAGACUGGUGAUGCUAUAUACAUCACUGAGUUAUUACUUUUUAAAACAGAAAAGGGCUUCUCAGUUACCCUCUACUUCCCAAACCAUCCCACCCCCAUCCCCCCCCCCAAAACCCUUUCAGAAGUGAAAAGUAAAAAAAAAAAAAAUUGUUGCCGUGAAUCUUCACGGUAACACUUCAGAACGGUGCUUUUUGGUGAUCUUCAUGGGAACAGUUUAGCAGCCAUGAGUGAUCUCUCUUUGAAAGAGUGAAAGACCUUGUGACAUUUCACUUCAAAAAUAAGCCCUGUAGCUUUUUACAGUCUCAUAGUAUGAAAUUAUACCUUGCAUGCUGACCCUCGCUUGGAAUGGAAUGCCAAAAAUGCAUGACAGCAGCUAAUAAGUAAAGCUGAUUAACUAUUUAUUUGUCAAUGUUAUUAUUUAAUGAGCUUUCACAUGUGAUUUUUUUCAAAAUGUUAAUUUUUUAUGUUUUGGAGCUUUUUCAUGUACCUAAAUAUUUUCCUGUAUGAUUUGUGGUUGAUCUAGAAAUAUGAGGAUACCUGUUGUAGAUAUGUAAAAUAAAUAUUUUAGUCUCCUUAUUACUUAUGUGUUUCAUCAUGAACUUUAUCAAUAGUGUGAAUCUUUUAAAAUAAAUAAGAUGCUUUGUUAAGCUGAAAUAUGUAAUACUUUUGUGUUUAAUCUGUGCAAUCAGAAGGUAAUUUGACCUUCAAUUCCAUCAGUUUCUUUUGACAAAAAUAAACACUGCUAAAAGUUA